AACAACCACCACACCACACUGGCCUCCUCCUGGAUAUCAUUUUCACGACUUGUUCGCUCCCUUCAUCCCAUCUUCAGACAUCAUCCGUAGCUAGUGGACACCUGCCUACAUUAUUAGGUGUUGUGCGAUCACCAUCAGUUGGAUGGUGCUUCGCGGGGCUGCAUUGCGCGCAGCAAGAAAACUGAGUCUCAGCAGGUACCUGAUCAGCUUCUGACCAGUACUGUGUCCUCUCUAAUGGGGUAAAUGGUGGCUUCAGCCCUUGCUCAGGAGGGAGUGAGCAGGCUGUCCUCGUGCAUCUCAACCAAGCUCGAUGACAGGGCAUCCAGAGCGCACAUCGCCGCAAGGCUGGAGAUAGCACUUCAUCGCUUGGGGUUUGCUCUUGAGAGGACCGCCAAGAUGCCAAUAACAUAGUCUCGCUGCUCCGCCGCAGGAAGAUGCUCAGGAUCGCCUACAUGGAGGGCUCAGACCUGCUCAGCAAGCACAAGCAGCAGGUGCUAGAAGGCCACAAGGAGGCCAGGCAGCUGGUAACGAGUUCCUCCUACCUUGAACAGAUUAUUGCUAGUGCUGCGGAAUUCUCCAUCUCUUCUCUUGCUGGCCUGAACAAGCAGUGCUUGAGCUCUUCGGUCGUCCAGAUCUUUGAGUGGUACGCAGAUUGUGCUGACAAGUUUGUAGCGGACGUGGAGUCCGGGUGCCCACUCCGGCGCGACACCUUCUUCUGCUACCCAUUUGUCAGGCAACUUCUUCAAGGGAAAUAUCUCAGCUAUGAAAGGGUGAAAGGAAGCCAAAAACUUUGUUUUGAUAUAUGGCCUGUGGUUCUAGAAGGGCGCGGCGUGGAAACAUGGCUAUGGUAUGAGCAUUUCAAUCCCCAUAGCCUCGAUAAAAGUUUCCGCCUAGUCUUAAUAUUACGGCUGUCGGAAAGUACGGACAUAGUUGUGGCUGCUAUAGAUUGCUUGCGGUCAUCCACAUCACUGCUCAACCUUACAGCUCAAGAUGCAAUAAUGGGAGAGCUCACCCAGCUGCCUAAUUUACAGGACAUUUCAGAUUCGUAUGCUCCUCCCAGGUGGGUUGUUGUUGGUUAUGAAGACGAUCUUGCUUUCUUAAGUAAAUUUUUUCGCCCAGAUCCACUAUGUUGCCAACGAAAUGGGCACGAGCCUAGUGAAGAGUUCCUUGUCAUCGGAGCUAUCGCACUUAUUCCAGGAGCAAACUAUUUAUUUCAAUUUCAGUUGUUAUGCCUCAGCACUAGAGUACAGCUUGCCUAGCGCAUCUGAUGAUGAGGCUGCAGGUAGAAACGUCGUCAUGACAGAUCAAUCACCUGUUAAGCUGGAAGUUACCUUCGCACCUCAUUGGUCCAGUUACAACAGUUAUGUAAUCGAGGCCAUAGGAAGCAAACCAGAUGAACAUUUUCCAUUUGGUAGCAUACAACAAGCAGUUGAUAUGACAAGAUCAAGAUCAGUCAACUGUCUCAUCCGUCAGCCAGAGGUGACGGAGUAUCGGAUGUGGUGGCUCUCUGGACAUGGUGCUGCAGGUUUUAAGGUGGAAAAGCCAAGCACCGAAGCGGCAGCUGUGCCUAAUAAUGCCAGCGGCAGCAGCUACAACACCCGGAAUGCUGCAAAGAGAAAGCGGUAGAAGACUUGGGGUCGUGGCUGGGAAAGUCGCGAUGAUGCCUCGACUAGUGGCUAGCAUAUAUAUCGUGUGUUUCUUUUAAUAAAUGUAAUGUAAUGAGCAGAGCUCUG